AUGAGUAUGGACGCUGGCGGUCUUGCUCAAAUGACCUACAACUCCUCCUUCAAUAAUGGCAGUUCCCUCGGGGUCCCCGGCUCCGGCUUCGCGUCCCGGGGGAAGGGCUCUCAUAUCAAGCGCCUGAGCGUGCCUCCACAGGUCGCAACCAUCGACGAGUCUCAGACUCCUUCCAUCGCAACUCCGCGCACCAGUCGAUCUCACCUCUUGGCUGGGCUCCGAACUGCGCCCAAGUCCGCGACCAUCCCUUCUCAGCAGCAGCGAUAUGCUAUGGAGGGAGGUCGGAUGCCUUCUAACCGAGGUGCCGAUCGAGUCCCCCAAACCGCCACGGGAGCUGGAUUCCCGCAGCACGCCUACACUUCCAAUAACGGCAUGAACUCCUACCAUCACCAGCAGCAGAAGAACCGGGAACGAGAACGGGAGAGGGAGCGGGAACGCCUUAUGUACACAAUGCCGGAGCAGGUGCUUGCACCACCAAUGAUUGACAUUGGUGGCGGCGAGAUGAUGGACGAAAACCUCUAUGCAGAGCUCAUGUCCACCAAUUUAUUCCUUGCCGCGCAACAACAGCGUCUCCAGCAGCAGUUGAUCAGUGUCACCGCUGCAGCCCAGCAGUUUCAGGGACUGAACCUCGGGAUGUCUCUUCAACAGCAGCAACAGCAGCAGCAGAUGCAGCAGCAGAUGCAGCAGCAGAUGCAACAGCAGAUGCAAUCCUUUGUGCCCGGUAUUGGACUCUACCAGCAACAGCUUCAGCAGGGUGUGCAGCCUAUCGUGCAGCCGGUCCCCGGUCAGCCUGGUUUGUUUUCUGUUUACAACCCUCUGACUGGCCAGCAAAGCUACGUCAUGGACAACAGCGCCCAGGAGGACCACUCCACAUACCACGGAAAUCAAUCUGACUCGCAGGUUCCUCAAUUUCGUGCUGAGAUCUCCCCGCCUGCCGACCCUACUCCGUCGCAGAUGUACUUCCCUCAGCCCGUGUCUCCUCCCAGUGGCACUCCUUCCCCACCCAUCGAGUCAUCUGCUAGUGCUUUCCGGCGCAAUCACCGGAAGUCUCCAUCUUUCAAUCCUACGUUGAAGACCAAUAUCGACACGAACAAGGCCAAUACUGCACCCGGCCCUCGGUCAGCUGUUUUCCCUCCUACCCCAGCCACUGGAACAUUCGGGCCUGGCCAGGCACGUGCUGGUGAGCACCCAAUCCGCCAACCUCGUGGUCCUCCCUCGCUUGAGGAUCUCGUGGCCAAGCCAACCUCCAAGCAUGAGGGAAGCAAGAACUUUGCUACCCGUCAGCGCCGCCGUGCCGUCCACAACCUGGUUCGCGCUGGGAUUGAGCGCCGCGGUGACAGCCGUAGCUAUGGGUACAACAGCAGCGGAGGCACCAACACUCCAGCGAGCGAAAAGGAGUUCACCUUCUCGGAUGGUGAUGACGCAACUGUGCGUAGUGGUAGCCUUUCCAGCAAGCCCAGCUUGGGUAGCCUGCGUGCGGCUGCCAACGGUGCCAUUGGAUCUGAGCGCAAGGAGAAGACCAGCCGAAGAUCCCCUGAGAGUCCUUUCCACAGCGUUACCCCUACAAGCGAGGACGGAUACUUCUCUGCCAAGUUUGCAGAAAUUCGUGCGGAACAGGAAUAUUCCCCAACGAGCACUUCGGGAACAUCGUCUCCAUCCGUGGCAGCUGUCGUCGCGGGCCAAGGGCAAGCCGCUCAGGCACCGGAGCGCCGCAAGACUCCGAUGCUUGUGUUGUCGAGCGCCGAAAAGCGCAAGACACCUCUCAUGUAA